AACGCCUGAGUUUCCGGCGUGGGUCUAGGCGAGCGAGGCAAGCUGUUAGGCUUAGGUCCUAGUUAGUGAGGGCUUUUUGGGUUACAAGUUUGGGCUCUUGGCUGUACAGGUAAGAUAAUAAGCUCAGAAACGCAACCGUCGCUUCCUUGGAGCCUGGGCAGAUUUCGGUGCCUGGGGAGGCUGGGACAGAUACUGGACCUAGAGCUGCGAUCCGGGAUCGGAGAUGAUUCUUCGCUGUUCCUCGGCGUUUUCUAGUUUAUGUAGUGAUUUUUUCCCCCACUCCAGCAAUCGCUGUUAAUCCCCAGAGCAACACUUUGUGUGAGGAAGUGUAAGUUCCUCCAGUUGACAGCUGAGGAAAAGGUACAGAGAAGUUAAGUGAUUUAUUUGUCUAAAGACACUACCAGUGGUUGCUGAGCUGUUUUCUUAUUGCUGUUUUGAGUCCGAAGCCGGUAUUCUCUGCUUUGCAUCCGGAUUGCUGGUUCCCUUUCUUGUUGACUGAGCGGGUUAGGGAUUGGGCAUCUAUUGCCUUUUUAAGUCUGGAGUAUCCCAGUAGGGCGAUGAAGGUGAUGUAAUCAAGUCUUUCAAUCUGUAGAUACCGUUUUGUUACUCCGAGUCAUGUAUUCACUGGGUGUUUUUAUAGAGGUGCCUUUGGGUUGUCAAGCUGUAUUCUAGGUACUAGAGUUACAGCAGCAAACAAAAAUACCCCCCCCUUACGUCCUAGUGAGGAUAGACAGACAAUAAACAAAUAUAUAGUGAGACAGAUGGUGAUCGGAGGUAAGAAGAAGUAUGAAGCAAGGCACAGCAGCCACGCAAAAAAGAUGGGAGAGGAGGCCAAUGAUGACAAGAAGCCAACCACUAAAUUUGAACUAGAGCGAGAAACAGAACUUCGCUUUGAGGUGGAGGCAUCUCAGUCAGUUCAGUUGGAGCUGCUCGCUGGCAUGGCAGAAAUCUUUGGCACAGAGCUGACCCGAAACAAGAAAUUCACCUUUGAUGCUGGUGCCAAGGUGGCUGUUUUCACUUGGCAUGGCUGUUCUCUACAGCUCAGUGGCCGCACCGAGGUGGCUUAUGUCUCCAAGGACACCCCUAUGUUGCUUUAUCUCAACACUCAUACAGCCUUGGAGCAGAUGCGGAGGCAGGCGGAGAAGGAAGAAGAGCGAGGGCCCCGGGUGAUGGUAGUGGGCCCCACUGAUGUGGGCAAGUCCACAGUGUGCCGUCUGCUGCUCAACUACGCAGUGCGUUUGGGCCGCCGGCCCACUUAUGUGGAGUUGGAUGUGGGCCAGGGCUCUGUGUCCAUCCCUGGUACCAUGGGGGCCCUCUACAUUGAGCGGCCAGCAGAUGUUGAAGAGGGAUUCUCUAUCCAGGCCCCUCUGGUGUAUCAUUUUGGCUCCACCACUCCUGGCACCAAUAUCAAGCUUUAUAAUAAGAUUACAUCUCGUUUAGCAGAUGUCUUCAACCAAAGGUGUGAAGUCAACCGAAGGGCCUCUGUGAGUGGCUGUGUCAUUAACACCUGUGGCUGGGUCAAGGGCUCUGGUUACCAGGCACUGGUGCAUGCAGCCUCCGCCUUUGAGGUGGACGUAGUUGUGGUUCUGGAUCAAGAACGACUGUACAAUGAACUGAAACGGGACCUACCUCACUUUGUACGCACCGUGCUGCUCCCUAAAUCCGGGGGCGUGGUUGAGCGCUCCAAGGACUUCCGGCGGGAAUGUAGGGAUGAGCGUAUCCGUGAGUAUUUCUAUGGAUUCCGGGGCUGUUUCUAUCCCCACGCCUUCAAUGUCAAAUUUUCAGAUGUGAAAAUCUACAAAGUUGGGGCACCCACCAUCCCAGACUCCUGUCUGCCUCUGGGCAUGUCUCAGGAGGACAAUCAGCUCAAGCUAGUGCCCGUCAGCCCUGGCCGAGACAUGGUGCACCACCUCCUGAGUGUCAGCUCUGCUGAGGGCACAGAGGAGAACCUUUCAGAGACCAGUGUGGCCGGCUUCAUCGUGGUGACCAGUGUGGACCUAGAGCAUCAGGUGUUUACUGUUCUCUCUCCAGCCCCCCGCCCACUGCCUAAGAACUUCCUUCUCAUCAUGGAUAUCCGGUUCAUGGAUCUUAAGUAGAGACGAGCAGGAAGCUUUGCUGCCUGGGGCAUAGAGAUCUUCUGGCCAUCACCUAAGGCAGAUGGGCUGAGGUAUGAGAAUCUCCCGAGGCCAGGCUGACUGGUAAAUGGUGGACUACUCGAAAGCGUAUAUUCUACCUCUCAAAACAGGUGGUGGUAACCUAACUCUUCAGAUCUUGAACCAGAAGGAAAACCAUGAGAAUAUAAUUGGUUUCUUAGAUCACCUGAGUUGCCACUUUGAAUGAUCUGAGUUCCAGAAAAGACCCAUUUUUUUCACUGUGCUACUAUGUGGACUAAUUUACUACUGCUUUAUAUUCUGUAUAUAGUACUUGUUAGCUUGUUUGUCCAGGAUGAGAGAGUGAAUUCGAAGGACUCCUUCCAAUAAAGUUCAUACUUGGGGAAAAAAAAAAAAGAUUUUAAUAAACAUUUUUGCCAUAUCACAGAAGUUGGUGUAAUUUUUAAAAUUUUUGUUUUUCCCCUAAGCAUUAUAGAAACAUUAUUGGAAUGAUUUAUUGCUGAAUGCCUAGAGAAGAAGAAAGCCAAGAACACCUGUGAGCUAAGCAGGUGAAUUUUUAUGAGUCCCCUUUCCUUGGCACUUAGGUAAAUAGAUGCUAAAUCUGUUGUUUAAUUGGAACCAGACCAUAAGUCAAAAUGUAAAUUGAGCUUUCAGGUGGUAAGCUGGGAGAGCCCAUUCUCUUUGAUCUCUUGUAAAUAAUUGUCAUUCCUGGUUUGGACUUGCAUUAUUGAAUAAGUAUCAUGAUGCCUUUCAUCCAUUCAUUCUUUUUUUU